GUUUGAACAUUAAGCAAUCUCUCUCUCUCUCUUCUCUCUGUUCUCUUUUAAAAAGUCUUCAUCUAUUCUCUCCUCCCCAGUAUUCCAUUCCAGAACAAAACCACUCCCAAAAAGCGAGUCUUUUUGUAAUUCUUUCUCCCUUUGUUCCAUCUUAAACUCAAGGAAUAGAAAGAAAGACAAAUGUGGCAGAAACAGUCCAAAAGAUCUUGUUUCAGAGAAUCUCUCAAAGCUCUUGAAGCCGAUAUACAACAUGCCAACACCCUGGCAGCUGCUCUUCCAAGAGACUAUUGUGGAGAUAGUAUCCAGCUGAGAUUGUCCUACAGCCCCUUUGCUCCCUUUCUUCUUUAUUUGAUCGAAUGGAUGGAUUAUAGUUGUACAGAUACCCUCCCCAGUUACUUAGGGCUUCUCGAGAUACUAAUAUACAAGGUAUAUGUUGAUGGAAUGCCAACGAUGUCCUCAAAAGAAAGGAAAGCUACUCUACGGGAGUUUUAUGCUGUGAUAUACCCAUCUCUUAGGCAACUUGAAGGCGAGUUUAUUGAAUUGCCAGAUGAUACCGUGACAAGCCAAUCCACAGAAGUUUCAACCAGAAAGAGGGUGGAAGGAAGGAGGAAGGUUUCUGAUAAUGAUGAUCUUGAGAGAGACGAAGAAUGCGGGAUAUGCAUGGAAAAUUGCACAAGGAUGUUAUUGCCUGGCUGUGGGCAUGCUAUGUGCCACAGCUGCUUCCAUGACUGGAAUGCGCGGUCUCAGUCCUGCCCUUUUUGUCGCGGCAGCCUGAAGCAAGUUAACUCUAAAGAUUUAUGGGUUCUUAUUAGCAACAAUGAUGUGAUUGAUGUCAUUAGCCUUGCAAAGGAGAACUUGAGGCGUUUCUACCUUUAUAUGGAAAACCUGCCUCUUCGUAUGCCUGACACUCAUCUGGUCGUGUAUGAUUACAUGCUCUGACUUAUGGGAAAGAAUGAAGUAGCAUACUAAAGGAAAUGCUGAUUACUCAUUGAUAUAGAAUUCUGGUGAAGUUUAAUUCUCGUAUAUAUAAUGGCAAUUUGAGGAGCUGUUCCAUGGUAGCUGUAUAUAGUUAACAGAACUACUGGUCCACUGGAUGUCCAUUCUCAUGGACUUGGAAUGAGGCUAUUGAAAUCAGGUGAGUCUUUGAACAUUCAUGGGAUCUCACAGUUAGCAGUUUAGGCAAUAUAUAGGAUGGACAAAGCACCUCCAAGUAUGUUAGGGCAGUAACAAAUAUAAAAAUGUAUAAAUGUAUGCAUGCUUGGCAUUCAACUCAGCUUUUUGGAACCUGAGUAUUGGGAAUGUAAAUGACAAACAAUUGAAUUAGUAUGUGGGUUUCUGCUUAUAAUAUUAUGACAUGUG